GCAGAUUCUCGCAUGCUGCACCAUACUGUCGUUUUCUCUCUCCAACACCGGGAAACUAAAACGCGAUGUUCGGGAAGUAUGAGCAACCGCUCCCUUGGUACUGGAGGAGUCCCUCAUACCGCAAGAUCAUUGAUGCCAGACUUCUUCAAAUUUGCACCCGGAUGGACGUGACGGCCUAGUAGAAAUGAGGAAAACGAAAAGCUAUAAGAAAUUGUUGCCACGGUUAAACCACGAUCACAAUUUCCCUUAGCCCCCUUCAGCCGUCGAGUUCCCUCGACAUGCUAUCCACCAUCAUUUUACCUCUUCUUUCCCUGUCCGCUGCAGUAAGCGCGAACCCGCUCGCCGCCCGUUCCACCACACCUGUCGUAGCAACGUGGUACGCCGGAUGGCACGCUACUGAAGGAUUCCCGCUCUCUUCAGUUAGCUGGGACAAGUACAACACGCUAUAUUAUUCAUUUGCAGAGACCACCCAGAACGUCACCAGUCUGAGCCUGGCAGACUCUGAUGGUGAAAUGCUCCCUCAGUUCGUCUCCGAGGCCCAUGCACAUGGUGUUGAGGCCCACAUUGCUGUUGGAGGCUGGACUGGGAGUGUUUGGUUCUCUUCCAACCUUGCCACUGCCGAAAACCGGACGGCAUUUGUCCAGACUGUGGCAGAUUUUGUAUUACAAUACAACCUUGAUGGCAUCCAAUUCGACUGGGAGUCUCCGAAUAAUCAGGGAAUCGGCUGUAAUACCAUUAGCGUGAACGAUACGGCAAAUUUCCUCGCAUUCCUCCAGGAACUUCGCCAAAACCCAGUAGCAGCAAAGCUCACCCUCUCAGCCGCCGUAGGACUGUCACCCUUCUUUGACGCUACCGGAAGUCCUUCUACUGACGCCACUGGAUUCGCGAAGGUCCUCGAUUACGUCGCCGUGAUGAAUUAUGACGUUUGGGGUCCUUGGUUCUCGACUGUGGGACCCAACGCACCGUUGAACGACACCUGCGCCGCAUCUGCGAAUCAACAGGGCUCUGCUGUUUCUGCAGUCAAGUCUUGGACGGACGCAGGGAUGCCGGUCAACCAGAUCGUGCUCGGCGUUGCUUCCUACGGCCACUCGUUUAACGUCUCUCCCUCUAACACCUUCACAUCCGACGCAAAGAACCUGGCUGCAUACCCCGCCUACAAUGCUUCGAACCAGCCCUUGGGUGAUGCAUGGGACAACACUGGUUAUGUUGAUGUCUGUGGCGUUUACGAGGGCUCAGGUGGUACCUUCAACUUCUGGGGCCUCAUUGACAACGGUUUCCUCACAGAGGAUGGCACGCCUGCUGAUGGCAUUUACUAUAGAUAUGACAACUGCAGUCAGACGCCGUAUGUGUACAACGAGACCUCCCAAGUUAUGAUCUCCUUCGACAACGUCAAAUCGUUUGCUGCCAAGGGCGAGUAUAUCAAGAACACCGGGCUACGCGGUUUCUCGAUGUGGGAGGCGGGUGGUGAUUACAAGGAUAUGCUCCUUAACUCUAUCAUCGAUGCUUUUGAGUACCGUUAAAAACGACUCCACUAGGCUUAGAACGACCGUGCCGAAUCGCACUCGUUUACAUAGAUCACGUACUUCAUCGCAAUCACUCUCGUUUCCAGUGUAUUGGUACUUAUUAGCUGUCUCAGGGCCUUCCCUAUGUACAUUAUGCCGCUGCCGUGCAUUCUUGUCCGUGACGUCUUUAUCUUCUCAUUUCAUAGUUGCAACCACC